GCGAGUUCAGUGACAACGCGGRCGCAUACGCAUCGAGACCCUUACGUUGGUGGCCGCACUUCUAUAGUUCAAAAACUACGAUAGUGUAACGACAUCAAUAAUAAUAAUAUUAAUAUCGUUGUUUGUAGCAUUCGGAUUAUUAUACCGCCAUCGGAGUGGAGUUUUCUCAAGUACGACUACCGCUGUUUUAAUCUAGAAAACGGACGUUUCGCGAAAUCACAGAGCAACAAACCCAUCGAUACCCAUUAUAAUACAAAAUGUUCGCUAAUAAAAGGCAAGACAACAUUCAAUUACUACAUGCAAUAAAUAUUUAGUCAAACGUUUGAUUAGCUUUCUAAACGAAGUUUUGACCUGUCUUCUAUGAUGUAAGAUAAUCCUAAACACUGGAAUUAUGUCAGAGUACAUAGGGUUUGGUAGUUUACCAGACAUAGUACAUCGAAAAACCGUCAAAAAGGGAUUUGAAUUCACUCUGAUGGUAGUCGGUGAAUCUGGUUUGGGAAAAUCAACACUUAUAAACACAUUAUUCCUGAGUGAUUUAUAUAAGGAACGAAAUGAAUCUAGUUAUGAACCUCCUCAGACCGCACAAAUUGAAAAGAAAACGUUAUGCAUUGAGGAACAAGGAGUCAAGUUGAGACUAACCGUUGUAGACACGCCUGGUUUUGGUUCAUCUUUGAGCAGUGAUGAUUGCAUUCGGUCAUGCUGCGAUUACGUGGACGAACAGUUUCGAGCAUAUUUUGCCGAAGAAAGUAGUAUUAUCAGAAAGAACAUAGUUGAUAAUCGUGUACACUGUUGUCUUUAUUUCAUACCCGGCCAUUGUCACAGCUUGAGGCCAAUAGAUGUAGAAUUCAUGCUCAAUAUCCAUGAAAAAGUCAAUGUUAUACCAAUCAUAAGCAAAGCAGAUAUGUUGACUGAAAAAGAAAAAAUACAAAUCAAGCAACGAAUAAAUGAUUCUAUUAAGUCCCAUGAAAUAAAGAUAUACCAACUACCAGAUUGCGAUAGUGACGAAGAUGAAGACUUCAAACAGCAGGACAAAGAGUUGAAAGCAUGCUUACCGUUUGCUGUAGUUGGAAGUAACACGAUUUUGGAAGUUAACGGGAAAAAAAUGCGAGGAAGGCAAUAUGACUGGGGUGUGGUAGAAGUGGAUAACCCAGCCCAUAGUGAUUUUACCAAACUUCGGAAUAUGCUAAUAUCCACACAUAUGCCCGAUUUAAAAGAAGUCACCGAGGAUGUUCAUUACGAAAAUUUCCGCACACAAUUGAUUUCAAAAAUAUCGCAGCAAGCAUUUAAAGAUAGAGGAAAAUUAAAAAGAGAUUCAAUACCAAAACUGCUACCAGCACUUGAUGAAACGGAUAUUUUGUUGCUUCAAAAAGAAGAAGAAAUCCGCCGCAUGCAAGACAUCCUCGUCCAGAUGCAAGAUAAACUCAAGACCAAUAACGAAAAAAGCAAUCAUAACCUAUACUUAGCAGCUCAAAAAUCACUGGAAAAUGAAAACAAAAAAAUUGAAAACGUGAUUAACGUUUAACCUAAAAUAAUAUGAGAUAUUAUUUAAAAUUGUACUGCAAUGUCUUAUUAUUACAAAGGCACGUUGUCUUAAUUCGGUGUUGAACUUGGAAAAGUAUUUCUACUAAAAUUUAAAAAUUUUUUAUAAUAUCAUAUAAUUUUAUUUGGUUUAUUGACUUAAUUAUUCGU